AUGUCCGAAAUAGCGAUCUCGGCGACCAGAUAUAAGCAUGUUGUAGACCUAUUGAAUGAUAAGAUACGGACUGGUGCGGACGAACCACUGCAUAAACUGAUAGGCGAUAUGACAGCUACGUUCCCAACAUAUCCGGAUCUCAAAGGAAAAGUAGCCUUGAUUACCGGCAUAGGUCAAGUCGGCAUCCCGGACUCAUCGACAUGGGGCAAUGGCGCGGCCACAGCUCGCGUACUGAGCUACAAUGGAGUGAGAAUAUUCGGCUGCGAUCUCCACCUUGAAGCAGCGGAGUACACAAGACAACGACUCCUGAAGGACAAUCCGGCUGCCGAGGUAGAAGUUACGACGACAGAUGUGACGGCUACUAAGGAUGUCGAGCGUCUGAUACAGGUGGUAGUCGAGAAAUAUGGCCAAAUCGACAUCCUCAUCAACAACGUCGGGAUGACUGCUCCUGGUGACCCUGGCAGUAUGGAGGAAGGUGCCUGGAUGAAGCAGAUCGAUCUCAAUCUUAACAGUGUCUACCGCAUGUGUCAUGCCGUUCUUCCCAUCAUGGAGAAGCAGGGCGGUGGCAUGGUGAUCAAUAAUGCCUCGAUAACCGCACUACGAUUCAUCGGAAAGCCCCAGAUUGCAUACGCAAGUGCAAAGGCAGCAGUAAUCCAAUACACGAAAGCGUCUGGCGUAAUGUACGCCAAACGAGGGAUACGCUUCAAUUGCGUCGUGCCAGGCCUGAUGUUCACACCACUGGUCGAGAACCUAGGACAGAGCAACAGAUCAGAGGAUCAAGAAGUAUAUCGGAAGAUCACAGAGCACAACGUUCCCAUGGGCAAGAUGGGCGAAUCCAUUGAUGUCGCUAAUGCCGCAGUGUUCUUGUGUAGUGAUGCAGCGAAGUACAUCACCUCGCAUGCUCUAGUUGUGGAUGGUGGGAUCACUGCUUCCACGGGCACUGGAGGCUAG